AUAUAUAUAUAUAUAUAUAUAUGAUAGAUAUAAUAGACAUAUAUAUAUAUACAUAUAUCUGCAAGAUAGAUGAAAAAUUGUAAAUUCAAUAUGUAAUUUUGCUUUGCGCGAAAUUUUGAUAACACUUUUACGUAGUUAGAUACACAUGCUUACAUACUUCCUUAUGUACAUUUAACACUCUCUUAGAACGUAUAUUUUAAUAUUGUUAUUGUAGCGCUGCCGGCACAGAAUAAAAGCGCAAACCUGUGGGAGUCGUCUACUUAGUGUUGCUGUGGAAGCGCGUUACAAAAGGUCGUUAGAAAUUUAAAUCGCAAUUAAAAAUAAUAUUUUGCUAAAGAGCGUAUAAUGCUAUCGGUAGAUACUGCUUGCCUCCUGGCGACGCUUUUGGCGCUGGUCUACAUUUGGUGCCGCUACACAUAUGGCUACUGGAGACGCAAUAAGGUGCCCUAUAUGACGCCAUUGCCACUGAUUGGCAAUAUGGAAGUUUUGUUUACAAUGAGGAAUAGUUUCUAUCUAUAUCUAUCCGACAUUUAUAAAGAUGCUAGAAUGUCAAAGGCUGCGGCAGUCGGCAUUUAUGUACUCAACCGGCCAGCGUUAGUGUUACGUGAACCGGAACUUAUAAAAACGGUGCUAAUUAAGGAGUUUUCAAAGUUCUCCGAUCGUUCAGCCGGCUGUGAUCCACACGAUGAUGCUUUGGGUUCGAAUAAUCUGUUUUUCAUAAACAAUCCACAAUGGAAGGAUUUGAGAACGAAAAUUACGCCAGUUUUCACAACGGGGAAGAUCAAACAAAUGUAUCCACUAAUGACUGACAUCGGCACGGAGCUGGAAGCCCAUUUGAAUUCGUAUGCGAAAACUGACGACGCUUUCGUAACCGAAGUUAAAGAGGUUUGUGCACUUUUCACCACCGAUAUGAUUGCCACCAUCGCAUUUGGUGUGAAAGCUAAUAGUCUUGUAAAUCCAAAAGGCGAAUUCCGCACACAAGGACGAAAAUUACUAACCUUUACAUUCGGUCGUGCCAUUGACUUCUUCGUCGCUUUUUUCUUUCCGAAGUGGGUCGCUACAUUGCGCAUUAAAGUUUUUACGCCGGAGUUCAGCUCAUUUUUACGUCGCACCAUCAAUCAUGUAAUGUCUUCAAGAGAGGAGAGCAAAGCGACACGUAACGAUCUUAUCGAUGUGUUGUUGAGCCUAAAAGAAGAGGCUGUUGCGAAAGGCGAGUAUAAUACCAAGUUACAGGAUAUGUUGACAGCACAAGCUGCGGUAUUUUUCUCAGCUGGUUUUGAGACGUCAUCUUCAACAAUGACAUUUGCGCUAUACGAGUUAUCGAAACGGCCCGAUUUGCAAGAACGUCUGCGCAAUGAGAUUUGUGAAGCUCUCCUAGCUGAGCAGGGUACAAUAUCGUAUGAGACUAUCAAUAAUCUACCAUAUCUGGGUAUGGUUGUGGAUGAAGUGCUGCGUUUAUAUCCAGUAUUACCUUUUCUCGAUCGCGAACAUCUGCCAAACGACGGUGAAAAGCAAUUCGAUCUUAAACCGUAUUACGAUUACACAAUGCCAAGCGGCAUGUCUGUUUAUGUACCAAUCUUCGGCAUACAGCGUGAUCCCGAGUACUGGCCCAACCCGAACACCUUCGAUCCUGAACGUUUCAGCGCCGAGAAUAAGAAAACCCAUAAACCUAUGACCUACUUUCCGUUCGGCAAUGGACCACGUAACUGUAUUGGUAGCCGCAUCGGUUUACUGCAGUCUAAGGUUGGUCUGGUGCAUAUAUUGAAGAAUCAUUAUGUGGCGACAUGUGAUAAAACACCGGCGGAAAUCAUUUUCGAUCCACUGUCCAUACUUUUAAGUCAUAAAACAAGCAUUUACUUAAAAUUUGUCAAUGACAAACGAUAUGACCGCAAUUCGAGACAAUGAGUGUUCGAAAAAAUUUCGAAAAAUGUCGAGAUAAUUAAAAAAUGUUUUAAAAUAA